CCCCUUUGCCUUAUGCCUUUCUUCCUAACCCAGCUAUUUUCAUCAAUUGCUAUUUCUCUCUCGUUCCUCUUCUCUUUCUCUCUCUCUCUGCGGCUUGCGAAAUUCGCCCAUCAACAAUGUCAGCUGAAUCUGCAUCUGCAAUUCCCAAAGGCCAAGUUGAUUUGCUGGACUUCAUAGACUGGUCUGGAGUUGAAUGCCUUAAUCAGAACAGCAGCCAUUCCCUUUCCAACGCCCUAAAGCAGGGAUACAGAGAAGAUGAGGGUUUGAAUCUGGAGAGUGAUGCUGAUGAGCAGCUUCUGAUUUACAUCCCAUUUAACCAAGUUAUUAAACUUCAUUCCAUUGUUGUCAAAGGUCCUGAGGAGGAAGGUCCUAAAACUGUGAAGCUUUUUGCUAAUAGGGAACACAUGGGGUUCAGUAACGUCAAUGAUUUUCCUCCAAGUGACAUGGCUGAAUUAUCUGUUGACAAUCUUAAGGUAUGUUCAGUUUUCAAAAAUUGUUCUUAG